AUGCGCUUUGGGGGGAGGGCUGUACAGGGUGCCGACAGAUGGUCCACGCGGGACUCGUUGGCACUCGUCGACUUGGGUUGCGCCCAAGGUCGGGAGCGGACCUGUCGAGCUGCCCUUCUUAUCUCAAGACUGGAAAGGUUGCCCUUGGGUGGAGGACCUGUUCGAGUGCUAGUUGGGACAGGCCGGGGAACAGCAGAACGAGUGGAAGGCAAACUUACCGACCGAGUUGGGAGACGUGAGCCUUUCGCAACUCAGCAAAGGAACGAACGCCAGCUCGCGGAGGCUACACUGGCAAAAACAAAGGGCGCGAAGUGGAGUUCGCACGGUACACGACACGCCGGGGAAAGGAACGAAAGACAGGCUGUGCCGUGA